AUGGCUACUGAACAUUUAUUCUUUGUGAAGCUGAAACCCACACCGCAGGGUAGUCCGGAUUUUGAGACCACCCGAGCUGCCUUGUUACAAUCUUUCAUGGAUAAAAUCCCUUCUGAAUACCGUUUAUCUCAAAAGCUACUUGCCAACCCUCCAAACGAUGUCUCUGGUAUCCCUGCCAGCUGCGGAAUACUUUCUGCUGAAGAAAGAGAGAUUACGGAGACUUACGAUGCCGUCGGCCUAGCGGAGGCUAUCGCCAAUCGCAAGUUUACUGCACUGGCGGUGGUCAUGGCUUAUUUAAAAAGAUCUAUUAUUGCACACCAGCUUACCUGUUGCUUGACUCAGUGGCUUGCGGAUGAUGCUAUCGAACAAGCCAAGCGGCUGGACAAUUAUAUGGUUGAGAAUGGAAAAACAAUUGGCCCGCUUCAUGGAGUGCCAAUCAGCAUUAAAGACCACAUUCCAAUCGCUGGGACAUUUUCAUCACAGGGUUGCUUAAGCAGUAUGGUUAAAGAUGAUGAAGACUGUCAGAUGGUCGCAAUCCUGCGAAGAAUGGGUGCGGUGUUUUACUGCAAGACAAACCAGCCACAGACCCUGAUGCAUCUAGAAACUGCUCUAAUAGCCAUGAGGGGCUCUGUUCUGGGGAUUGGCACUGAUAUUGGUGGGAGUAUUCGUGCUCCAUCAGCAUUCUGUGGAAUUUAUGGCUUCAAGCCGACGUCUUGCGUGCUGCCUAUGGAGGGAUUUCUUAAAACUCCUUUUGCAGCAGAGUUGAAUGUCUUGUGUUCAACAGGGCCAAUGUGUCUUAGCAUGAGAGAUAUGGACAUGUUCAUGGGUCUGAUGUCUGACACGAAGCCAUACCUAACGGACCCAAGUCUUGUUCCAAUACCUUGGACCGGCUUACAAACGUCCUUCGGGAGGCGUCUUAAAGUCGGCAUCAUCAGGAAUGAUGGCUUCAUUGAGCCUCAGCCACCCGUGAAAAGAGCAGUCUCAUGGGUGCAUGACUUACUGGCGGAUUCUAAAUAUUCAAACGCUUGGAGGAAAAUACAACGCUUCUAUUGGCCUGACGGUGGCUCCCUUACCAAGUCGUCAAUCUUGGCUUCUGGAGAACCGCUGCACCCACUAAGUGAAUGGACCUGGAAGGAUGCCGAGCCUGCUGGAAUGCAGACAGCAGAAACUCUUAUCCACUAUAGAAGAACUAGGGAUGACUUUCGGUGCGCCUUUGCACAAGAUUGGCAAAAGCAAGACGUUGAUGUGGUGAUUGGGCCGGCAUUUGUUGGUCCAGCCUGUGCUCAUGAUACAGCUUUUUAUUGGACUUACACCUCACUCUACAACCUCGUCGAUUAUCCGGCUGUAGUUAUUCCGACACAGUUGAGGGUACAGCCUGGGGAGCAAUAUGGGUUUUCAUAUGUUCCACUGAGUGAAAGUUGCCAACAUGUGAAGCAACUGUGGGAGAGCUCAGAAUUCGAGGCAGCUCCCCUUGCCCUUCAGGUUGUGGGCCGUAGGUACCACGACAGUGAACUUUUUGGUGCACUGGCGAUUUUGAAGGAUAUUUUAGGCUUGCGUUGA